AUGGCCAUCCCUUCGGAAGACGAGGACAAGCCGGCGUCGGAUGCGCAAUCGGCUGCCGCCGAGGAGUACGAGGGUGACGAGGGCGAGUCGUACCGCGGCGAGGAAGAGGACGACGACGACGAGUUUGACGAGUCGUUUGAGUUUGACGAGUUUGACGACGACGAGGAGGACGAGGAGGACGAGGAGGACGAGGACGGCGACGAGUUUGACGACGAGUACGAUGCCGCCGACGACAUUGACGGUGUCGGGCCUGACGGUGCGGCCGCAACGGGUGCCUCGGGCGGAGGGGGUGGCAGCGGGGAGGGUGCCUUUGACGACCCUGACGGCAGUGGUGGAGGUGGAGGCGGCGGCAGCGGCAGCGGCAGCUUCCGGCUGUUACGGCGCACACGGUCGGCCAUUCGUUCCACGUCCUCGACGAGCGGGCCGCCUCCUCCGCCGCUGCAGCACAACUUUGCUCCGCCCUUCUACGGCCGGCCGCCCACGCCGCUGCCCCCCUCGCCGUCCUUGACGUCGCUGCUGCGGCCCUCGCGGCCCACGACCCCAGACGCGACCGACGACGAGCUCGAGCCCGUGCCGCGCGCUUCGCCGCAAGUGCCCACCUACGAGUACUACGGCUUUGUGCUGUACCUCUUUUCCAGUCUGGCCUUUCUCAUCUACCUGCUCUGGAGCUACCUGCCGAGCCCCUUUUUGCACGCCCUCGGCAUCUACUACUACCCCAACCGCUGGUGGAGCCUGGCCAUUCCGAGUUUUCUCGUCAUGACGUUUGUCUACAUCUACGUGGCCCUCGCCGCCUACAACACCGAGAUCCUGACGCUGCCGCUCGACAGCAUCGAGGCCAUUGUCGACGGGGCCGCCAAGAUCGCGGCCGUGGACGAGGACGGCUGCGUCGUCAUCGUUGGCGGGCCCGACGGCAAAAUCGUCCAGGGCCGCGGCGCCACGGCCAGCAGUGCCAGCAAGAGCAGCGGCAACCGGCCCACGAGCAGCCGCAGCAGCCAGCCGCGGAUGCAGCAGAAACCCGGCCAGCCCCAGCGGCAGCGGCCGCUGGAGCAACCCCCCUCGGAACAAAACCCACCACCGCCCGCACAGGCGCAAACCCACCGCCGCCAGAACCCCAGCCUCCACAACGCCGACACCAUCGCGUCGUGGUCGGCGUCCAAGCCCUUUACGCACCAGCGCGAGCCCUCCUCGCCGUCGCCGCCGCUCGCCAAGGCCGUAUGGCGCGACCGGUCUGCUAAGAACAGCCGCGACCGGAAGAGCAAGAGGACCAGCACGGCCGGAAGCACGGAUGCGCCCAGCGGGGGUGGUGCGGGCGACGACGGCGGCAGCGUCGCAGGCGAGGACAGCGGGCUCACCAUGGGCAGCCGGGGCCGUGGCUGGGGCGGUGCUCGGCCCGGCAGCCGUGGCAGCCGUGGCAGCGGAUCUGGCCAUCACGACGGCGCUGGCUGCAGCCAUAGUGCUGCUCCACGCACCCCGGGCGACUGGAACCGGCUGUGGAACAUCGGCACAGACGCCGUCAUGGACAUCCCACUGGCUGGCGUCUGCGAAGUCCUCUACGGGUGA